AUGCCGGCUCAGCUGCGGCUGCGUUCAGCGCGCAAGACCGCGCCAGAGCGGACAGGCAGGUUUGCUCUUCAGUACAAAGGACAUCAUCAUCAAGAUGUUGUGAUAUGGCUCAAGUCAUGGUCAAAGAUAAGGCUAUGUGUGAGACUAUUGGAAGAAAGCAUACCAGAAGGUGCUUCAUCUAUAUGGACUGUCUUGGUGGCCCUCAGCAUUCUCAGUAAUGAAGUGGAUGACAUCAUCUACAUUUUCCAUCUCAUAUCUCAUUCUCCUGGAAAUCGCAUCACAGCUUAUGAUCUCAUAGAUUUCUUCUAUUCCCUGGCUUUACUCUUUCAACAUGCACAAUACACAUUUGAUGUUAAUCAUGGAUAUCACUAUCGCCUGUACUAUGCAUUACAUGUCAUUGAAAACUCUGGUGGAGCAAUGAUGUCACAGGUGAGCUCUCCAAACAAAGGGCAGCAAUCCUUAAUGCGCUAUGGGCUGAGCAGUUCCUCUAUGUCUCUCACUCAUGAACAGCUUCGUAUUGUGAGCCACAGCCUAGGUCCUGGGCAGGUAAUAAAAAUCGUUGCCCUUGCUGGGACUGGCAAGACUACCACUUUGCUGAAGUUUGCUCAGGCUCAUCCACAUCUGUCCUUCCUCCUUGUUGUUUAUAAUAAAAGUGCACAAGAGUAUGCCUCAAAGCUCUUCCCACAGAAUGUCAGAUGCUCUACAGCACAUUCUCUGGCAUAUCGUGCUGAAGGCUUCAAAUACAGACACAAGCUAACUGGUGAUUUGAAGGCCAAGGACAUAGUUAGUAAUCAUGCUCUGAGACAAAGGGAGAAUGCUGGAAAUAUGUUCAGGCGUGCAGGCAUUGUGCUUGAAACAAUAAAGAAAUUCAUGUGUGCCACAGAUGAGAUCAUCACAAUGGCCCAUGUCCCUGAAGUAUGGACUUCAUCUCAAGAUUCUCUUUCACAGACCUCACUCUCUCCAGAAGAGAGAGUUGAAUUAGCAAAAGAUGCUGAGUUUACAUGGGAGUGUAUGACAAGAACAAGUCAUCAGCUGAGGCUCCCUCAUGAUGCUUAUCUGAAGCUGUGGCAGUUGCAUCACCCUACUCUGGAGCAGAAAGAUUGCAUUCUCAUUGAUGAAGGACAGGACAUGAAUGCAGCAAUGCUGGACGUGUUGAUGUCUCAGAUCUGUCCAAAGAUCAUUGUCGGUGACCCCAAUCAGCAGAUCUAUGCUUUCCGAGGUGCAAUUAACGCACUGAAAUCUGUUGAGUCCACUCAUACCUACUAUCUCACACAGAGUUUUCGAUUUGGGCCAAACAUAGGCUAUUUGGCAUCGUGCAUCUUGGAGGGGCUACAGGGAGAAAAGAAACAGACCCUGGUUGGAAGGAGGAAGAAGGACUCUAUCCAAGGUUUCAACUGGCUUCAACCUCGAUCCCUGGCCAGAGAGGGGCAGCUGGCUGUCCUCUGCCGUGCAAAUUACUCUGUUUUCUUUGAAGCUGUGCGCUUGCUCAAUUUACCUGCCUUGUCUCGGUCUGCCAUUGCCUUCAUUGGUGGUUUGGAAUGCUACAGUUUCCAAGAUGCAGUUGAUAUAUGGAACCUUGACCGAGUAAAGAGUGGGGAACUGAGUAAAGAUGCUAUCAAGAACCCCUUUAUACGGGGCUUUGAGUCUCGAGCCCGCCUCACAGCUUAUGCUAAAUCUGUACAAGAUGCAGUGCUUGAAGGAAAGAUUGCAGUAGCUAUCAAGUUCCAAGAGAACACUGAAAUUCAUCUGAACAAUAUGAGGCGGAGAUGUGCUCAGGAUCCCCGUCAUGCAGGUUGUCAGAAGAAUCUUGUGGAACUGGACCUCCCUCCCAUCUCCAUCUCACAGCCAAAGAUCCAUGUUACUGUCAGGAAUAGGAUGAACAUAAUCCACCCAAGACUCAUCUGCCCCAAGUGCGUUGCUUGGAGUAUGAAGCAGCCACAAAUUGGACAACUUCCCCCUGACAACUUCCCUUCUCUUUUCCCACUUCUCUUUCCAAACUUCAAAGAUGGAAGCAAUGGAGAUAUGGAACAGGAUGAAAGGAGGCUCUGUCGGAUUGGAAAGUUCUGUGCUGAGGUAUCCCCUGUCCAGCUGGGUUCGCUGGACCAGUUGUACCAGCUGGACCAGUGGUUGAAUCAUGAAAUGGCAUGCCAUGAAGAGGUCAGUUUUGGGCUCUUUGCCAACAUGCAAGCCACCCACUGUCUGGGGAGAAUAUGA